UUUUCCAUCCAGUUAAUGACUCUGUGUUUAAUGCCAACAGCUGCAGAUGGAGAGGAGUCAACUACAGCAGGAGCUUGUCAACCGAACCCAUGUCAUAAUGGAGGGAUAUGUGAAGUGAGCGACAGUUAUCGUGGCGACACGUUUGUGGGCUACAUCUGCAGGUGUCCUGAUGGAUUCAGCGGAAUUCAUUGUCAACAUAAUAUAAAUGAAUGCGAGUUUGACCCCUGUAGAAAUGGUGGGAUAUGCACUGACCUCAUUGCAAACUAUUCCUGUGAAUGUCCAGGAGAAUUCAUGGGCAGAAAUUGCCAGCACAAGUGUUCAGGACCCCUCGGGAUGGAGGGAGGGAUUAUAUCCAAUCAACAAAUUUCAGCCUCGUCGACACACCGUGCCCUGUUUGGGCUGCAGAAAUGGUACCCAUACUAUGCCAGACUGAACAAAAAAGGCCUUGUAAAUGCAUGGACUGCAGCAGAAAAUGACAGAUGGCCCUGGAUUCAGAUUAACCUGCAACGCACAAUGAGAAUCACAGGAUUGAUUAGUCAGGGGGCUAAGAGACUUGGCAGCCCCGAAUAUGUAAAAUCGUACAAGAUUGCUUACAGUGGUGAUGGCAAAACCUGGACUACUUACAAAGUAAAAGGCUCCUAUGAAGAUAUGGUUUUCCGUGGAAAUGUCGACAACAACACCCCACACGUAAAUUCAUUUAAUCCUCCUGUCAAGGCGCAGUUCAUACGACUAUAUCCCCAGGUGUGCAGGAGACAUUGUACGCUGAGGAUGGAGCUGCUUGGCUGUGAGAUGUCAGGCUGUUCAGAACCUCUGGGGAUGAAAUCAGGACAUAUCCAGGAUUACCAGAUUACCGCUUCCAACACCUUUAGGACCUUAAACAUGGACAUGUUUACAUGGGAAUCCUCGAAAGCUCGCCUGGAUAAACAGGGAAAGAUUAAUGCUUGGACAUCAGGGCGCAGUGAUCAAUCACAGUGGUUGCAGAUUGAUCUACUUAUUCCUACAAAAGUGACCGGUGUAAUCACCCAAGGCGCUAAAGAUUUUGGUCACAUACAGUUUGUCGGCUCGUACAAGGUGGCCUACAGCAACGAUGGAAAGAAAUGGUUCGUUUAUAAAGAUGACAAACAACAAAAGGAUAAGGUUUUCCAAGGUAAUUUUGACAAUGAUACACACAGGAAAAAUGUAAUAGAUCCUCCAAUCCACGCACAAUAUAUUAGAAUCUUGCCCUGGUCGUGGUAUGGCCGAAUCACUCUGCGGACGGAGUUACUGGGAUGCACGGAAGAGUGACAAUGAAUGGUGGUUACUGACAAGAACGUUAUCACUGUCCUACUAUUACUCAACAAAAACUGCACAAACCUGUAAGAUAUUGAAGGGUUUUCAUGAACAAGUGUUCAGUUUGUGAUAGGCAUGAAUGAAGUUAGGUGGUCUCAGCCUGCCCUUAGUCAGACUUUCAUACGAUGAUUUUUCUUCCUUAGAAGUUUAUUUUCUUGUGUUUUGUUAAUUUGUACAUAAUGAAAUAAAUUUGUGUAAUUAAAAACUUUUGCCCAUCCCCCCCCCCCCCCCCCCUUUUCUCUUAAAAACUAAUAUUUCUAAUAUUCUUCCAGGUACCAGUAUUGUAUCUUAUUUAUUGUAAACUUUUUAAAGUGUCUAUUUUUUUCUCUCUCUUUGGCUCCUAAGAAUGAAAUGUCUUGUUUCGGUUUCACUUUGUCAUUACAGUCAGGCAUUAAAGCAAUUGAGCACGGAUAAAGCUUUCAUUCAACAAAAUGUUCCUGUCUUACAUUUGUUAUCAGACACUGAAGAUUUCUUUUAAGUUGUCUUUUUCCCCCUGGAUGCUUUAUAAUAUACUCACAUACCUUCAUACUUAAAAACAGUAAUGUGUGAUUCUAUAUAUGGGGCUUAUGCUUAAUAUGCUGAAAAAGGAACCCAGAAUGGCAUAUUAGGUUACUGCAAUAUAUCAAAAUAAUUCGGCAAUAAAAUUUAUGAUCCCAGAAUACACAAGAAAAUAAAUAAAUCCCUGAACAUGAACAUAUAAUAUAAUUAAUAAGUUCAUAUGUGUACACACAUCAGUCUUUUCUUGGAGCACAUUCAAUGAUUCCACAUGUUUUCAUUUUUGUACAGCAUGUUUUCAUUUCCAACCUAAGUUAUUCUGCUGCUAAUUUUAUUUUUUAAAUAAAAAAGACAUGCUAUCAUGGCACAGAAAUAGGAGGAGAAAGGAAUGCUCUUGUGAUUAUUACGAAAUGUGGAUUUGUUUUAGACACAAGCCGUUUGCUCUGUUCUGAUCCAUGUAGUUUUCUUCUGAUUCAGAUGAAUGUGAAGUGACCUCUGUAUAUCAAUGAAUACAUAAUAUGAUGCCAUUGUAAGUCACGCAUUUCAAGUCGUCCCUUUGUUUUGUGACUUGAUGUACACAGGUGGUUUUGUCAAUUUUGCCUCAGUGCUUAUAUUCUCAACACAGCAAAGGUCAUGCAAGAUUCAAAGCCAUGUAAUUUAACAGUGAUAAACAGUCACUGUCAGAAUUGACCUACCCAUGGUUCAAAUCCACCACUGCCUCAUCAAAGAUAAUCCCUGCUUUCACAUAUUAACGUCCUCUUGUUUAAAGCACUUUUAUUUCUCACUAAGACUCAAUGCCACUACCAAAUUCACUGAAGCCCAGCGUGUACUGAGGCUAAUAGAUGGUAUUGCAUAUUGAAAGAUGAAAUUAUAAUCCAUUUUCUCUGAGAUCCAUCAACCAUUCACGACAUAUGUCUUUAUACUGUGUGGGCAAUAUUAAUAACAUCACUGACCAUUUUCAAUGUGCAUUAUUCUGUUGUAAGCUGAUGUAACCCAUGUUAGCUCUGUUAGUUGUUGCCUCUGUCUAUGAAGAAAGGUUUUCACAUGUGGUGCUGUCUUUUAUUGCUUCCAUACUGUAUGCGCACGGAACUGUAACUAAGCUUGCAAAAAUAUCAGAUUGGAAGUGUCACCCAGUGUAAUUCCCCCCCCCCCCCCCCCCCCCCUUUUAAUGUCCUGCAACAAUAGUAUUUCCUGGAUAAAGUGGGGAAGCUCCAAAGUUUGAAUAACAGUGAGAGUCAGUAGUCAGCAAACUGAACCGUCAACUUUCGGCCCUAAUGCACGGUGAUUCUUUUUAUCUUUGAUUGGAAAAUGAAGAGUUUUUGACCUGUGUUGUGACGUACCCAUGUAUAUGUUUUUGGCUGGUCAUUACUAAGCCACGUCAGUAUGAAAAUUUUACACAGGUUUGUCAAUCCUAUUAUUUCCAUAAUUUAGAGGGGAAAGUUUCAUUUCCACUGCCAUAAAUCUGGUAAGGAUACCAAUUCUUGGAUUUAACCAGAGCAGCUUUACAAAUCAAUUAAUUUUUACACGAGCUAGUACAAAUUACUUUGGUUCUUUUCUACUUUUAUGAGUCCCUCAAGAAUUGUCGAGUCCUUUUUAUUGUGCCUCCAAAGGCAAUAUGUUUUCUUAAUGUUGAAAAUGAUUUGUAUCCAAUAACUGAGUUCCAACAGAUCAAAUUCAGUGGGGAUAAUUGAUGUCUGUUCUUUAGAAUUACUUAGGAUGCUGCAUGACAGAUACAUUUGUGAACCUGUUUUCAAUGCUUUUAUGGUAAUCUAGAAUAAUUCCACAAAAUACCCAACACCAAAAUCAAUUUGGAUUCAGCAACUCAAGUACCAAGAUGUAGUCUGGCAUUUUUAAAGCUACAUAUAUACUCAUUUGUUAUGUUGAGAAGGAAGAAGUUAACAUGAUCUAAUUUCAUUGGGGAAGUUGCAUCUUCCCAAAAGGAAAGUGAACUGGAUUUAGGUUCAAGGCAGUUGUUUUUCCAGUGAUGUAACACUUUUACAAUUGGCUCUGUGACGGACAACAGAAGGCGUGUUGUAACAUUUUGGAGCUAUGAAGAAAAGAAUUGAGAAACUAAUCUUACUGCAAGCUAUUCAAAUCAUUAGACUGUUAGCAUGUCUGUGACUGUGCAGAAUUCCUAACCCUUGUAUGCACUGAGUGACUUAAGAAUGUAUUGGUUUGUGUAUGGAAUUAAAGGGAAAGUCAACCAUUACAAAAACGUUGGAAAUACAUCCCCACCCAGUAGUGUUAAAACGCACAAUGUUAACACAUUAGCACAUUGUUUUCUGCUUCUGAAACUCAUCCCAUUGAAGUCAAUGUUAUUAAUUACUUGAAGGGACCAUUUUCACAAUGUAAAAUGUAGUUUAAUGUUACAUUGCAACUCUUCUCAAUUGAUAUUUUUGGCCAAUUAAUGUAAGUGAUACAAUGCUCAUAUUAACUCGGGAUUACAUUUUGCUUCAAGCAUGUUGAUGCCUUUUGAAGAUGCUUUUUAGUGCUACCGGCCUUUUGGUUAAGUAACAGCCAUUUUCAAUGAAGUCAAAAUUUCCCCCAAAAUAAAUCUAUUGAGUGGUAAUUAAUUAAUUGCACAGUGCACUUAAUUACUGAGUCAUUUACAUCACUCAAUUACAUCUUAUCUGCCAUCUGGAUCCAGGGCAGUCUUAUUCUCACUGCCUUUCAGCAAACCUCAAAGUUAUAUCCCCAGCUUGUUUAUUUUUGUUUUACAGGCAUUAUGGACAUUAUUAUGCCGCUCCAUGUGGGAAAUAGUCUGCUGAAACCAUAUGCAAGGCUAUGUGCUUCAGCAACUGACACACAGUGAGGUCAGCCCAUAUAGGUUCAUACAAGGCUGCAAAUGGCUGUUCAAAAGUGAUGCUUCUGCAUAUCCACAUCCACUUUACCCUGGUACCACCACUUUAAAGGACCACGGGUGGAAACAUCAAAGCAGACACGAAGGAAAGGAACACCGUUUGCGAUAAUUGAGAGAAUCCAAUUUCUUCAACACAUUAUUCAUCAGAAACAGGCCCCUGGUUAUACGUCAACAAAGAUAUGAGAAAUGUAUCAAGUGCUAGCUAUCCUUUACAUAGAUUGUUUGGAUGCUGGGCUUUAACGAAGAAUAUUCUUUCUAAUAACGCUUGGAAAGGAGCAAGAAGAGAUUUUAAAAGGGUGGCACAUUACAAAAUGCACAACUAUCUGCAUUACUGUCACCUCAAGAGUAUUUUAUCUGAAUAGAAGGAAACGAGUAUAUUCCAAAUCCAACAUGAAAAUGCAGAAAUGAAACAGCUGAUAGAAUCUAACGUCUCGGGCCACUUGGUCCAUUGUGGCUGUACCACGCUUAGAAAGAACAUCCUAAUUAGGAAGAAGGGUUUUGGCUUGUAAAAUUGCCUAUUUCCUUCGCUCCAUAGAUGCUGCUGAGUUUCUCCAGCAUUUUUGUGUACAUUCUAAUUAGCAUCACUCUUGUCAUGUUUCAGAACCAAGAGUAUGUUUUUCCUUUUCGAAUAUACAUCCCGACUCCCUUAACAAAAUAACAGGUAAUUUAUUGCACAUCAUAUCGACUCAUUGCAUAAAUAACGAUACAUCUCUUGUUCCAUUCAGAAAUAUUUGGCCAUAAUGGGUUGAGGAGCCUGCUGCUUGCCCACUAAUUUCCCUUUAAAUCUCUGCCCUCUGAUGUUUGACUCACUGGCCGGUGGAAUUAGUUUACUCUUCCCAAAUGUCUCAGAAUUUUUUCCUUUUGUCAGAUUAUAGUAUGAUUAUAAAUCAAAUCUUGGGAAGAACUACAGGCUUGGUAGUUCAGGGCACAACUCUUUUCAUAGGUUCAUAAGUUGUAGGAACAUAAUUAGGCCAUUCGGCCCAUCAAGUCUACUCCACCAUUCAAUCAUGGCUGAUCUAUCUCUCCCUCCUAAUCCCAUUCUGCCAUCCUCAUAACCCAUGACACCCAUACUAAUCAAGAAUCUAUCCAUCUCUGCCUUAAAAAUAUCCAUCGACUUGGCCUCCACAGCCUUCUGUGGCAAUGAAUUCCACAGAUUCACCACCGUCUGACUAAAGAAAUUCCUCCUCAUCUCCUUCCUAAAGAAAUAGCCUUUUAUUCUUAGGCUGUGACCUCUGGUCCUAGACUCUCCCACUGGUGGAAACAUCCCCUUCACAUCAAGAAAUAAUUAAGAUGCUUAAAAUUAAGGAAUAAUUAGACAAGUUCUGCUACUGAAGGAAAUUUAGGGUUAUACUUUUCUGAUGAGCAUGAUUCAUUUAAAAUUGUGAUUUUGGUGGAAACCUCAGUAACAUUUAGGCCAUUUAUCACAGGCUUCCAUUAAUCUCGCUGGAUCAUUGGCAGAACUCUGAUGAAAAUCACUGACAGCAUGCUAGCACGGAGCCGUUCGGUGAAAUGCAUGUAUCUGCAAUCAAACCUCUUGAACUAAAAAUCCCCAAAAAAACUCAGAUACUGGAAGCCUGAAAUACAGUAGGAAUUGCUUGUAGCACUCAGCAGGUUAGGAAGUUAGGAGAGAGAAACAUAAGUGAUGGUGUCAUGUCGAAGAACUUUAAUCUUUUCCUGAAAAUGGAGAAAAAGCAGUUUUGCAAAGCACUUUGCAGACUCUAGAAAGAAUAUAUGCACAUGCAGAUUAAAAAAUCUCUUGUGAAUUGUUUCAGGAUAUCUAUCGGGUUCCCCCACCGUGGUUAUGCAAUACCUUGAAGUUAUUGCCAACCUGAAUAAGUAAUUUGGGCAAAAUAUCCAGAUUUAUUAGUGUACUCCGAUUCAUUCCUUGGGAAAUACUGACACAUGUUUAAAUUUGACUCGGUUAAGACAAAUCCCAUUAGCAGGUUGACUUUCCCUUUGAGGGCAAUGCAGUAAGAUCUGAAGUAAGAUUUCAACUUCAAAGAGUUGAUGGGCUUGUUUUAUUAUUGUCUAAAGCGACAAUUAUAUCUGAGAAAUGUGGCUUAAGAUCGGUCAGUAAUUUAAAAUGCAUAAAUGAUGUAAUGGGGAUGAAAUAACCACUGCUACCUUAGCAACUGUGUAUUAAUACUCUUGUUUUUGUAUUAGACUCCAAAUCUGAUGGUUAAUGCAAAAUCAGUACAAGCUUGUAUGUUCUUCAGAUUAACAAUAAAACUUUGAAACAUCCA